AAAGAAAAUUACCACCGCGGGCAGAAUGGCGCUAGCGUUUAAAAACAAACAUGGCCGACACGGGUGUACACAUUUAAAUCAACGUUUACUUGUGAAGUGACGUCUAGUCUUUAAUAUUAAUUAGUUUUUUAAUAAAAAAGCAAACAAUGUUGACACUGCCACUAGAUAGUAUUUAUAGAUUUACAGAAUCGAAUAAUUGUUCUCGAAAUCUCGUGGAAGGUCAAAUUUGUUUAAAUUCGGGUAUGAUUAUAAUGUGUGGUACUACAAAAGUUGAGAAGGAUCGCAUAGAAUUAUUCUCUUUGUGCUUACAAACAAGUGCUUUAACAAGUGACCCUCAUGAAAUAACAGGUGUUUUAUUAGUAACAACAGAAAAUUGUGACAUUAAGGUUGCAAUUGAGAAAAUGCAUUGCUCAUGUAAAGCUGGCGCGAGUCAAAAAUGUAAACACAUAGUCGCAGUGUUAAUAUUUUGUAGCAGGUUAGACAUUCAAAAAUUAGAACAAAUUUCUUCAACAGAAAGAAAAUGUCUAUGGAAAAAGCAUAAAAAACCAGUGCUGGAGCAAUUUGAAGCUCAACCUACAAAAAUGUUUUGUCACGUAAAUCAGGACAGAUUACCUAAACUUCCUGAUAAUGAUUUGAAGGAUAUCAGAAAAACAUUAAUUGAAUGUGAUAAAGAGACUGCUGUAGCUAAACAUUUUUUUAGAAAAAGCAAUGAAGGAAAAGGUGGUCGAAUUCCACUGCAAAGUAUUGAAAACACAACAUUUUUAACUAAAAAUUCAAAAGAUCAGUAUAUUAAGUUGAUUAUUAAUAACUCAUUAGAAUCAGAAGAUAUAUCGUCGUUAACAAAAAUUGUUUUUACGAUGAAGGAUUGCUGUCAAACCUUUUAUGAUUCGAAAAUUGUAUGUAAUGACGUAUUUGAAAAGGAAAAAAUUACAAAGAGAUCUAUAAUUGAAUGGAAAAAUGAGAGAAAAUUUAGAAUUACUGGUAGCAGAUGUUAUAACCUUUAUACAUAUUCUAAACAUGAUUGGGAAAAUAAAUCUAUUAAAUAUUUUUGGCCAACAGAAUUUAAAACUAAAGCAACAAACCACGGUAAUAAAUUUGAAGCUGAAGCUCGAGAAGCUUACAUGAAUGAAUGUUUAUUACAUGUUGAAGAAUGUGGACUAAUUAUUUGUAAGAACGAGCCAUGGCUAGCAUAUUCGCCAGACGGAGUUGUCAUCAAAGAUUCGAAAGUAUACCGACUUUUAGAAAUUAAAUGUCCGUUAGAUUUGCAAAACACAGAGCGAGGAACUUUACUACAAAAAUGUAAAUAUCUGAAUCAGAAGGAAUUCUCUUUGAAAGAAAAGCACCAAUAUUACGGUCAAGUGCAAUUAGGCUUGACCUUAUUAAACUUGAAACAAUGUGAUUUUGUUAUUUAUUCGAGUGAAUCGAAAACAUUGGAAAUUAUAACUAUUGAUUACAACAAAGAAUUUGCGACUAAACUAUUAAGUACUUUGAAAAAGAAUUAUUUUGAAAACAUGGUGCAUAAUGUAUGCUUACAUUCAAGAGUAUUGUAAUUUUAAGUAAAAUCUAUUUUUUUGUUUUGUUGGAAUGUUAAUAUGUUAUGCUAUUUACUUUAUAACUUUUAAACCAAAAAAGUAUUCCAAAUGAGUAUUUUUUAAG